AUUACACUCCAAGUUCAUUGGCAAAUUCUCUUGCACAUGUCUUUCGGCAGUUGACGUCUGUUUCAUACAUCUGUUUAUAAAGGUCUAAAAAUGGCUUGCAACCCACCCAAAUAUGCUGAAUUGGGUAAAGAAGCUAGAGAUCUGCUGAAUAAAAACUUUUACUUUGGUUCUGUCAAACUUGAUGCAAAGACCAAAGCCGAAAAUGGACUGGAAUUCAGUGCAAAUGGAACACAUAACACAGAUACUGGCAAGGUUGCUGCAUCUUUGGAAACCAAAUACAAGUGCAGCGAUUAUGGAGUCACUUUUCUAGAAAAAUGGAACACUGAUAAUCUGCUCUCAACUGAAAUUACCAUCGAAGACCAACUUGCCAAAGGAUUAAAGUUUACCUUUGAUACAUCAUUUGAACCAAAUAGUGCUAAGAAGUCUGCCAGAGUUAAGAGUGCAUACCGAAAUGAAUACAUGCAUUCUACCGCCGAUGUUGAUUUUGACUUUGCUGGCCCAACUGUGCAUGGUUCAACUGUUGUUGGCUACAAAGGAUUCAUGGGAGGCUACCAGGUUUCCUAUGACACUGCCAACUCAAAGUUAAUUGCAAACAAUGUAUCUCUUUCCUACAAGAAUGGUGAUGUUGUCCUCCACUCAUCAGUCAAUGAUGCAACUGACUUCCAAGGUUCAAUUCAUCAGAAAGUAAAUAAGGAUUUAGAAGCAUCAGCAAUGUUGAAAUGGUGUUCAGAAGGGGGUAGCUCAUCAUUGGUGCUUGGUGGAAAAUACCAGCUUGACAAGGAUACUUCAUGCAAGCUGAAAAUCAACAACAACCUUCAGGUAGGAUUGUCCUAUGUCCAAAGCUUACGACCUGGCGUUCAACUCACUCUAGCUGGUUUGAUCAAUGCCAAAAGUCUGGAUCAACCUGGACAUAAACUUGGUAUGGGAAUCAACCUCGAGGCUUAAUUGAACUGGCUAAGUUGAUAUGUGCGUGGUUACGAUGUCGUAAAUAAGUAUCUUCUGCUACAAACUGCAUCAGAAACUUCAAUUUUAAUCAUACAUUUGACCUUUUUCUUGUGCUUCUGUUGAUGAAUAUAGUCUAGUAUAAUUGUAUGUAAUGCCAUCUUGCAUUUCCAUAUAAGCAACACUAGCAGGCAGAAUAGGGAGUUCAGUGAGACAAAUAAGGCAGUUCUUGCAUCGUUGUAUUGGUAAGUUAUGUUCUAGUUACAAGUGUGUACUCAGGAAUAUUCAUAAAUUUUAGAAAUUGUUAUCCAGUAAAUUGUUUGCCAAAAUA